AUGAGAUCCAAAUCUCCCAAGCGGAACAUAGACAUAUUAAGGUCGUCAGCUCAGAGUGCUCAUUCCCAGGAAGAUGUUGAAGCUGAAGGUGAAGUGGAGUCUUCCGAGUUUGAAGCUGGCUUGUACUUUGAAGAGAGCCAAAGUCCAAAAGAUCAGGAACAUCCAAAUCAGCUCUAUACCAAAGGCAGCUUGAGUUUCUCCCUCAGGGAUCAGGAUAGUCAAGAUCAAGAUCAAGAUGAAGCAGGUGAAGCUGAAGGAGGUGAAGCAUGGCAAGAUUCCUUUGUCUCUCAUCAGACAGAGUCCAGUGCUACAGGUGCAGGUGCAGGUGCAGCUUCUAGGAGUGCCAGAGCUUCAGGUGCUGUACGCAAGAAAAAGCCAUCUGCAUCUGCCAAUGCUUCUAAUUCCAAUACCAAUACCAGUAGCAAACCACGCAAACGAAGCAAAACGCCACGAAGAGAAAGUGCCGGGACCAUUUCCAAUUAUUUGAUCAGCAGUAACGCCAAUGCCAGCGGGAUUAGCCAAUCCGACGCGGACGUUGUACGAUCGUCGCGAAGACGAGAUAGUGGCGCCACCAUGACGUCCACGCACACGACAAAUACUACCCAAACUGGGAUGAUAAGUCGAAGUGAUGCCGAUGUCGUUCGAUCCAGUCGAAGGCGGCGCAGCAAAUCACCCAAUCGACCGUUAGUGAUGACGCCAUCCUCCGAUCAUACCGGUAUUACUGGUACACAAGAGCAACAACAGCAAAGCCCAAAAAAUGUUCCACCCAGGAGAAAACGAAGUAAAAAUCCAACCGGUCGAUCCAACAACAAUACCAGUACCAAUACCAAUACUACGGACAGAGAACGAGAUCGAGAAAAAGAACGGGAAGCCAGACGAGACCGUGAACGUGAUCGCGAACGAGAUCGAGAACGAGAUGGUACCAACACCGCCAAAACGAACAGAGAUCGUAGUCGCAAUGCCACCCGAGGAAGAGAUCGUGACCGGCCUGGAAGGACACGCUCUGGCAAGGAGUCCAUCAUGGCAAACAACAACAACCACAGCAACAAUUCUUUAUCACCCAAUCAGCCAGAACGAACGACAUCUGGGAAACAACAACGGCCACGACCACGGGAAGCAAGUGCGUCUCCCAAUCGAAGUCAACCCAUACGCACACAUUCGGGAAAACAACGGAGGGACGCCAGUGCUUCUCCCAAUACUCGAAUUCAACCCGCACGCACUCAUUCCGGAAAGCAACGCAGAGAUGCCAGUGCCUCGCCCAAUCGAUGUCAACCUGGACGAACUCAUUCCGGAAAACCACGCCGAGACGAACAACAAGACAAUCUUACAGAGGAUGAAUCCCUCGCUUCUUCCUCCAACAACAACAAGAGGCGAGGGAGUCAUUCUCCCAAUCAACAACGACGAUUCGAACGAAAUAAUAAUAAUAACAAUAAUGAAGGUAGUCUCAGUCGGCGAAAACAGCAAGAACGCCUCGAACGAAAAAAGAAAAAGACAUUGCGCAAAUCCAUAUCGCUCGAUCAGUCCAGUGCAGCAUUGUUCGAAAUGGACCAACAAGACAAGAACAACAACAUCAACAUUAAUGAGACGAUCCGAAAAUCCACAUCCGCCGUCGGAGAAGGUUCCAUUUCCUUUUUGGAUCACUUGCCCAUGGAGGGCGGCGACGACAAUGACAACAACAACAACAACAACAAUAAGAACCAAGACGAGGACAUGCCUGCAAAAUUCGCACAAUCGUUCAGUAACGUUCUGGCCGUGGCGCACCAGCCAGUACGCCGCGCACGAAAUCGACGAGGACGGGCCAGUACAGCUGCCGCACGAAGUUCCCUCCAUGCCAGUUGCAGUGUCUUUGAACUGGAACCAGAGGAUAAUAAUCUAACCAACCGACGCAAGUCGCUAUUGGCUACAGAUCAGCAGCAACAACAACAGCAACAACAAGAGCCCAAUCGUGGACCCGCCAACCUCGUGGAACAAAAACCCGGUCAAUUACUCGUCGACUUUCCAACGAGAGAACAAGCCUUGUUGGCCGAAAUUGAAACCAAGGCAAAACUGAAACAGCAACAAUCUGCCUUUCUUGACAGUCCAACCAGCGGAUUGGACGAAAUCCAAAAGAAGAAAAAGAAGGGAGUGCUCUCGGCCAUUACGAAAAAGGUCAAAAAGGAGGUCAACAAGGGAGUCAAUGCCAAGGUUCUACAAGAUGUCAAGCGAAAAGUCAUGGGAAAGAGCAAGAAGGACAAGAAGAACGCACAAGCCUAUAAUUUUGAGCAAGUUGCGGAUGGUUCGGAGGGGGAGGUGGUGGAUCCAUCCUUGGCGACCGAAGAGUCGCAGACACUGACAGAAGCCAUUUCGGAUGACAAUCACUCCGAAGAGUUUACUGGAAGAGGAGCUGCAGAAGAUGCCCCGGCUCCUUCUCCGCGUAUUCAUCGUCCAAGGCGUCGUCCUCGUGGCAAUUCGGUUGAGCGAGGAGAUCAGGCUUUUCGAUCAUCGGCAACGGAGGACAAUGAAAUGAAAAAGAAGCGUGGGGCAUCGGCGGCAGCUGCAGCUGCUCGUGCUCGUGAGUUGGACCUGGUCGAGGACGAGGAACGCGACAGUCGGAGGCAGCAACGACGGGAUACUGCCACCGCUGCGGCGUUGGCAGCACAAGCCCGGCACGAGACUACUGGUGGAACGUACUACGAAAAUGAAGAAUCGGAGGAGCAGACCCCACGUCGCAGAAAGAAGCGUACUGAAGCAACUGUUGCAGCCGCCACUGCACGGGCUCGUGCUCGUCGAGGAAGCACCACUAGUGAACAAGAUAGGAAAAACUACAGGACCGAUAGUCAGGCGGCAGCAGCCGAAGCGGCUGCAAGAGCGCGAAUUCGUGCUAGAAGGAAAACCCGACAAGAUGACAUUGAAGAGGACGACACAAAACGGGUCCAACGUCGUAGGCAAAGUGGUGCCGGGCUGGCCGCAGCGGAAACUGCAAAAGACAAAGCUCGAGUUAAGGCUAUUGUAAGGACUUUGAGCAGCGAUGCUGCUGAUGCCGCUCUCCGAAAGAAGCGACGCGCCCGUCAAAAACAGAAGAAUACCGCUUCUCCUGAUGACCACGAUGGAGAUGGUUUGGACAGCUUUGAUGUGGAGGAGGGACAGUAG